AUGGUCGAAACAAUCAAAAUCGAAACAACAACAAUACCUAUAACAACAACAACAAACAUACUCAUUCUCCUCAUCCUACCUCUUCAUCCUCUUCCUCUGCCUAUUCUUCUUCUUCUUCGUCACCUUCUUCUCCAUCUCCCUCCCGUCGCCCCACUCGUUGUCACCAGACUGGCAGGGUGAGUCCACUCACUCUGGCAGCCUUGAAUGUUCGUUCCCUUUUAGACAAUCGAAGAAGCAACCGACCGGAACGAAGGACGGCGCUAGUGUCACGGGAACUGGCGCGCUACAAGGUAGACAUCGCCGCACUCAGCCAAACCCGAUUCUCCGAACAAGGCCAACUGGAGGAGGUGUGUGCCGGCUACAACUUCUUCUGGAGCGGUCGACCCAGGGCAGAGCGACGGGACGCGGGUGUCGCCUUCGCCAUUCGGAACGACAUCGGGGGACGUCUGCCCUGUUCGCCGCAGGGCAUCAACGAUCGCCUGAUGAGCCUCCGCCUGCCUCUCCGACGAGGAGGCAAAUUCGCCAUCAUCAUCAGCGCCUACGCUCCGACGAUGACCAACCCCGACGCCGUCAGAGACAAAUUCUACGAGGACCUGCAUGCCCUCUUGGCGACUGUGUUGAAGGCGGACAAGUGGAUUGUCCUUGGUGACUUCAACGCCCGCGUCGGCACAGAUCAUACUGCCUGUAGAGGAGUCCUGGGUCCCCACGGUCUCCGCGGCUCAAACGACAAUGAUCUGCUGCUUCUCCGCACCUGCGCAGAACACCGCCUCAUCCUGACAAACACCUUCUUCUGUCUGCCGGAGCGAGAGAAGGCCAGCUGGAGGCAUCCUCGGUAGCGCCAGUGGCACCUGCUGGACUAUGUCCUCGACCGGAGGCGAGAUCAGUGGGACGUGCUGGUGACAAAGGCAAUCGCGGCGCUGACGGGUGGACCGACCAUUGCCUCGUCAUCUCGAAGAUGCAUAUUCGCCUACAGCCUCGAAGGAAAGCACAAGGUAUUCGACCCCCAGGUAAGCUGAAUGUUGCCUUGUUGUCUUUGCCCGCUCACCAUAUUCAUUUCAGCAAUGAGCUAGCUCAAAGGCUAGACGACUUUCCUAUCGCUGCCGACGCCGCCGCUGCCGAGAACGCCCCCGUGGAGAACCGCUGGUGUCAACUGCGAGACACGGUCCAGUCGACGGCGCUCGCCGUCCUCGGUUGCGCUCCCCGCCAACACCAGGACUGGUUCGACGACAACGACGCCGCCAUCAGAAAUCUGCUUGCUGAGAAGAACCGCCUCCACAAAGCCUACGUAGAUCACCCCACUGAUGCCACCAAAGCUGCCUUCUACCGUAUUCGUCGCCGCGUUCAACAACGACUACGCGAGAUGCAGGACGCCUGGACUGCUCGCGAAGCUGAGGAGAUCCAAGGGUACGCGGACCGCAACGAAUGGAAGAACUUCUUCUCUGCGAUCAAAGCUGUCUACUGUCCGCCGACGAAGGGCACUGCCCCUCUCCUCAGCGCCGACGGUAGCACUCUCCUGACUGAGAAGACGCAAAUCAUACAGCGGUGGGCCGAGCAUUUCCGAGGCGUCCUCAACCGUCCCACCGUCAUCUCCGACGCCGCCAUCGAGCGUUUGCCGCAAGUGGAGACCAACGUGGACCUCGACCUCCCGCCACUCCGCCGCCUGCGAGAACUUCGGUCUGGUCAUUAA